AUGGAACUCCAACAACGACAAGGUUUUGCAUUGAAUGAAGAGGAUCAGACUCCAGUCAUACCAUCAGGUGGUGUAGCAACAACAAGUGGCGAUUCAUCUACCUCAUCACCAACCUCAACAACACCAAUUGUUGAACAACAGGAGAGGAAACCAAUUUUAAAUGUCUAUGAUUUGUAUUCUAUUAAAUAUACAUUGGAUUCUGCUGUCCGAUCGAUUCUUUUGGAAGAAAAGGGAUUCAAGGAGGAUACUACUUUGAGUAAUAUUAAAUUAAUUGUUGGAUUUUUGGCUUGUGGAGGUGCUGUUACAGCCUAUUUUACUAAAAAUCCACUCUAUGCUUUGUUUUUAUGUAUUGCUUAUGUAACUGUUAUAUUCUCCCUCACACUCAAUGGUUACUUUUUCGAACAAGGUACAUUCCUUUUGGCUUACUCAAUGCAAUACGGAUAUGUGAGAAUUGAAAGUGAUGUCUAUGAUGAAGAUGAAGAAGAAGCUCAAAAGAGAAAUUGUCCAAAAUAUCAAAUUUCGGUUCAUUUCCCAACCUUAAACUCGCUCUUCUCCAAGUAUAAAGCAUCUUCCUGCACAGUCCAUCACUCCUGGUAUGUGAAUGAUCUUUUUGAUGAAUUCGGAGCAUUUGACAAGAAGGAAGUAAGGCAAGCAGUGACUGAUUUGAUCAAGAGAAAGGGGCAAUAA